ACCUGAAGCUGCACCUCCAGAGCACUGACUAUGGGAACUUCCUGGCCAAUGAAGCCUCCCCACUCACCGUCUCUGUCAUAGAUGACAAGCUGAAGGAGAAGAUGGUGGUGGAGUUCCGUCACAUGAGGAACCAUGCCUAUGAGCCCCUGGCAAGUUUUCUGGACUUCAUCACGUACAGCUACAUGAUUGACAACGUCAUUCUGCUGAUCACUGGGACACUGCACCAGCGUUCCAUCUCCGAACUGGUGCCCAAGUGCCACCCUCUGGGAAGCUUCGAGCAGAUGGAAGCUGUGAACAUUGCUCAGACGCCUGCGGAGCUCUACAACGCGAUCCUGGUGGACACUCCCCUGGCUGCUUUCUUCCAAGACUGCAUAUCUGAACAGGACCUGGAUGAAAUGAAUAUCGAAAUAAUUCGAAACACGCUCUAUAAGGCUUACCUGGAGUCCUUCUACAAGUUCUGCAAGGUGCUGGGAGGUACCACGGCAGAUGCCAUGUGCCCGAUCCUGGAGUUCGAAGCGGACCGGAGAGCCUUCAUCAUCACCAUCAACUCCUUCGGGACUGAGCUGUCCAAGGAGGACCGAGCGAAGCUGUUCCCGCACUGUGGGAAGCUCUACCCCGAGGGCCUGGCUCAGCUGGCCAGGGCAGAUGACUAUGAACAAGUCAAAAAUGUUGCUGACUACUACCCUGAGUACAAGCUGCUGUUUGAAGGGGCUGGCAGCAACCCUGGAGACAAGACCCUUGAAGACAGGUUCUUUGAGCAUGAGGUGAAGCUCAACAAGCUGGCCUUCCUCAACCAGUUCCACUUUGGUGUCUUCUACGCCUUCGUGAAGCUGAAGGAACAGGAGUGCCGCAACAUCGUGUGGAUCGCCGAGUGCAUCGCCCAGCGGCACAGGACCAAGAUCGACAACUACAUUCCCAUCUUCUAACCGGCCCUGCUCCUCUCCCACCCCUGGAGUCUGGGGGGACCCCCAUCCAGCUCCCCCAGUUCUCCCUUGCCCAGACUCCAGGGAUAUCCCAUCUGUGGAACUGGCUGAGAUGAGGAACCUGUACAGUCACUAGUUAAAUUAUUC